UGGCGUUGGCGUUGGCGCUACUCCCGGGGCCUCCACUUGUGGGACGGAUCUCACCUAAACCCCGGCCAUUACCCGGGAGCCGCGCCUCUGUGAGUCAGUGUGAGAGGUGCAGCCGUCCCGGGAGGUGGAGUUACAUAGACAUCGCAACCAGGCCGAGCCAUGGAGACAUCAAGAGGUUGGCUGCUGUUGCUGGAGAUCUGCAACAAAACACAUGGUGCUGGAGCAACUUCAACGGGACAGGCAGCAUCUGUGCAGGGAAUGCACCCUUCUUCCCCACCAGAAACGUGACUUACUGACAGAUGCUGCCCGACCCGCUAAGUUUCUAAAAGAAAGUUUCUCAAGCACUUUUUUUUGCUAGUGGAGCAAGUAAUCGAAAUAAAAUAACAGGUGAUUACAGACUCCCAAAACGCCUGUGGUGAAAUAAAUAAAGUUAGCACUUAAUAUUAAUUAUCUAAAGACUAUUCACUUCCAUCACUGGAACAGCCCCCCAUUUCUACGUUAGACAGCGUUCACCCACUGCUGAAAGUCUGCAAUGCUGCCUCUUUCAUAGGUGAUGGGUUCGUGCCAGCUUUCUGAGGAAAUGUAAGGUUGCUCAUUCUGGAAAGUGGGACAAGUUUUUAAACAAGGUGGUUGGAGUGUAAACAAAAAAAAAGACCCCCUACUGCAGCUAUAGCCGCCACCAGGGAGACAACAGAUUCUAAAGAUGGCCAGCAUGGAACUUGGAAAAGCAAAAUUGCCGCGAACUGCAAUUAAUGUAUUGCAUCAAGCUCUUCAUCCUAUUCAUGGGAUUGCCUGGACUGAUGGAAAGCAAGUUGCUCUCACUGCUGUUUAUCUAGUCAAUGGUGAGGUAAAGUUUGGAGAUAGCAGUGUCAUUGGAUGUUUUGAACAUGUGAAUGGACUUCACUGGGGUCCUAUUUAUUAUACAGGGACUCUGGCAUUGCUUGCAGUUCAGCAUAAAAAGCAUAUAACUGUGUGGCAGUUACAAAACAGCACAAUAGAAGAAAACAAACUUUUGGUUUCCCAAACUUGUGAACUGGGAGAGAUUUUUCCAAUUCUGCCACAAGGCUGUGUGUGGCAUCCAAAACAUGAUGCCUUGGUGGUGCUAACAAAAAAAGAUGCCUCAGUAUUGUUUGCCGUACAGAUUGAUAAUCGUAGAGUUAAAGCAGACAUUACAGGUACUGGCUUGAUUCAUUGUGCUUGCUGGACUGCAGAUGGAAAUCGUUUGGUGAUUGCCAUAGGCAGUGCCCUUCAUUCUUAUAUUUGGAAUAAUGCUCAAAAGACUCUUCGUGCAUGCAGUUUUAGCCCUAUAUUUGAUGUUGGGGGAUAUAUCUGUGCAGUCGAGGCAUGCAUGGAAUUACAAGUGGUUGUGACAACUGAACUGCCCCUUGAUAAAAUUUGUGGUCUCAAUGCUGGCCUUGCCUUUCACGUUACACCCACAUCAGAAACUGGUUCUGCAAUCUCACGACCCACGAUGUUAGCUGUGGAUGAAACACAUUCCAUGGAUUCAAGAAGAAAAUCAAUAGAUUCCUCAAAGUCGUUAAUAGAGGAACCAACAUUUUCAUCAUCUGGUCCUGUGGACUUGACCCACAUUCUGGCAAAUCAUCGAAAAUCUGAUCCCAGCCCCCUACUCCACCUGCGACGAAGAGAUUGCAUUACUGGAAGUGGUCACGAUUCUUCACAUCUGAUUUUAGUCACUUUUGAGAGAAAAGUGACAACAACCAGAAAAGUAAGCAUACCUGGGAUUCUGGUCCCUGAUAUAGUAUGUUUUGACCCCCAUCGAUGUACAAUUGCUGUAUCAUCCAAUACGUGUAACAUAAUAUUACUCUAUACAGUCACUACCUCAAGUAUGCCUAAUAUUCAGCAAAUUCAUUUGCAAAACAAUGAACGGCCAAAAGGUAUGUGUUUUCUGACUGAAACAUUGUUACUGCUUUUAGUUGGGAGACAGAAAUCAAAUGACCUUGCUUUUCUUCCAUCUUCUAACUCAGAUCGCUAUUUAAUCAGGUUUAUGAGUAGAAAGCUCCUGUUAGAUGAUUCUUGUGUGUUACCAGACUCUCUGCAGAUUGGGCAGCCGGGUAUUAGUAUCUCUGGAAUGAAGAAGUAUUUUGAAAAUCUGUCCAAGGAAGAGGCUGCUAUAAGUAAAGAACUAUUAUUGCCAGGGAAUACCACAAUUCAAUUUCCAAGUAAUAAAAAAGGAUUAAUAGAAGAAAUAAUGAACAGCAGUAGUGAACAUAGCUCAGCAACAAGCACCCCUAAACCAACAGAUGAAUCAGCACACAGUGAAUCUACAAUGGUUUUGAAAAACUAUGAUGCAGAACCUAUGAAUAUCAUAAUGCCUGGACUUGGACCACUAAAUAGAGAUUUGCGGAGCCCUGUCUUAGUUAAGGAAGAUCACAAUGCACAAGCAAGUGCUAGAACUGUACUGAAUGGCAGUGAUAAAGUGGAUGAUGAAAUUAAACAACUGUCUAAAAAAAUGGAAAAAAUGCUUGAUAGCUUCAAAGAAAUGAAACAGUGCCUUUCUCAAAUAUCAGAUAGUACAAGAAAUGGAAAGAAGUCAUCAAUGGCCUAUCCAUCAGAUCCUUCAUUUCUUUAUAUCAUCUGUCAGAAAAAGCUGCAGGAGAAUACAGUUGUGGAUGAAAAACGAGCUUUUCUCCUUUGUGAAGGCAAGCUUCGCCUAAGUACAGUCCAAGAAGUUUUUAACCUUUUUGUUGUUGAAAUGUAUUACGGUUCUAAUUGGAUAGUUUUGACUGCUGAUAGUGAUGGAUUUGCUCCAUUAACAUUCAAACACAAACAGGAAAUUAUGAUUCGUGAUGGUAAACAAACAAUAGGACUUCUAGAUUUUCCACCACCUCCAUCUCCAACCGACACGAUUACUCUGGACAACUGCAGAAGUGCAACGUAAUUGUGUUUGCAUAAAUGUUGUGAAAUGCAAACAAACUUCUUCUUAAUGAUGUUAUUUGUAAAUUAGCAGAUAAAUAAUAAAGUAUUUGAGUUUGUUUUAAUCAUA